CCUAACUGGCUCAGUCGUCUGGUUGCCUUGGAUACUGAGCUUAAAGUCAACAGGGAGGGGGAGGAGAGAGGAUAAAGGCAGAGACACCAAACAGAAGCCAUUUCUAGGCAAGCUUAGAAACAUGGAGCCUGAAACAGACCAACAAAGGCAUGCUGGGGAGGACAAGAGGCAGAGGGACACAGUUGGACACUGGAGAGGGGAGGAAGUGAAAGCUCUGCUUUCCGUGUGGAGGGAGAGACAAGCCUGGGAAGAGGAAGAAAGCAGGGCCAAGUAUGAGGCCAUCUCAAGCCGUCUGAGAGAGCUUGGGGUGUGUAGGGACUGGCUUGACUGUAAGGCCCAGAGUAGGAGCAUGGCUCUUCCAGACUGGAGGCCUACGCAGACCGCAUACAAACACUCUUCUGCAGAUAGCAGGCCGCCGACCCAAAGGCCUUACGUGGCAGAUGAAGAGCCGACGGCUGCUAGAAGAGAGGAGCCUGCUUCACUGCCAGCUCUUCAGGAAGGACUGGAAGGAGGAAGGCACUGGUCUGACAAGGAGGUUCGGGCUCUCCUAACCAUUUGGGCCGACAAGGAGGUUCACAAACAGCUCCAACGCUCCCACAGAAACAAGGCCAUCUUCCAGGAGAUGGCACGUCGGCUGGAACGGCAACAUGGCGUGGUGCGAGACUGGAGACAGUGCCGAACCAAAUACAAGAACAUGAAAUAUGACUACAAAGUCAGCAAGAGUCAAGGCCGGCCGAUAAGGUUCUUUGCUGAGCUUGAUGCUAUAAUGCAGGGCAAAGACAUUGAGGGUGGAUUUGAAGACGACGAGUCAUCUAGGAACGUACCAGACAGGGACCAGUUGGCCAUGAGGCGUGAACCUGUCGAAGAACAGGUUAUUAAGAUCGAUGACGAUGAAAGUCUGGCAGAGAUGCAAACAAUAAUGAAUGCCGCCACUCAUCCACUGAUUGCAAGAGAGACAGCGACAACAGCAGCAGCUACAAACGAGAUGAACAUAAUUACAGUGCAUGACUCGGGCAGAAACUGGAGUGAGGAAGAGGUGGCCGCACUGCUUCAGAUCUGGGCCGAAGAAGGGAUUCAGCGACAGCUACAGGGCUCAACCAGAAACAAAGACAUAUUCGUGCAGAUUUCGCGCAGGCUUCUUCAGCAGGGAGUGGAAAGGGACUGGAAACAGUGUCGCACCAAGUACAAAAACCUGAAGUACCUCUAUCGUUCUCUGCAGAGAGGAAAAGCCGAUAUCGGAGAUCCUCGCCGUGUCAUGAGAUUUUACGAACAGCUGGAUGCCCUUUUGUCCAAGCCUCCUAGAAGUCGACUGAGCUAUGCCAAGUUUUCUGACACAAAUAAUUUACUGAGAAACUCUAGGAUGUUUACUCCAUCAUUUGAGGAGCACUCCAUGUGUGGACUUCCACAGGAGGACAAUGACAUUGUUGCGGUUAGAUAUGACCAGCCACCCAUAGAUGAGGCCACUUUGAGAUCUCCUGCCAUUUCUGCAAGGGUCUUUCAGAACCAAGUCGAGACCGAAGGCAUUUUAACAAGACCAGAGGAAGUGUCAAAUGUUGAAUAUGGGAUGCCUGAAAUGAAUGCCACGAUUGUGAGGUCAACUGGCAGCCCUCAGAUAGAAUAUGAACAGUAUGUCUCCUCUGACUCCAUCACAGCUGUUAUAUACGACGACAGUCAUAGGUACAGAAGGAUCCCAGAUAGCAGUGACCCAUCAUGCACAAGUGGAGAGCAUGCAGCGGCUACCAAAGGAAGAAAGAGGAAAGCUGCAGAUGAAGGUUUUUCAUUAUUACUCAAAUUUGUAAUGAGCAGAGUGAGACUCAGGUGUGAGUUAAUCUUGUGACUUCAGUUUGACUAAUAGAAUCAAGACAGGAACAAGAACACAUUCAUAGGAUACAUGGACCGCAUUUCAAA